AUGGCUUCUAACGCCUCGUCGCGAAUCUCGCGGCCUUGGGUACUGGUCACCACAGGCUUCAUCGCGGCGUACACUUCCUGGGUAAUCUGGUCAAACUGGCCUGCACACAGUGCACCUCCCAAUUUGCGACGACGUGGCGCUGUCAGGAAUCGCAAUAACACGCGCGCUCAUACAAGGAUAUGGACUUCAGCUUCCUCUGAGCCAUCUCUUCCAUUCGGCUUGGUUCACGUCGAUUUUGAAGGCAUCGUUGUCAGGUUUCCUAAUGGUCCUGAACCACCCACAGUGGUUGAGAUUGCAGAAGCUUUGAAUCUUCCUGCUCAUAAUGCCUACGAUGUCACCAUCAAAAUCCAGGAAGCUGCCCUCAAAUACAUCUUCUCCAUCCUUGUCCGGCCCUCUGAGGAACUACCCGCCGAGCAAUCAGAUGCUGCAAGAGAUCUCCAAGAGUUGGUGCCUUAUCUGCGACGACCAAACAUCAACGAAUUGCUUGCUAGAAUCCACCUACUUUGUUCAGGGCCUUGGAAAUUCCAUCAAGCCGCUGCCGCCAGAGCCUUUGCUGAGCAUUGCGGUCUUGACCGUAUGCCCAUUAUCUCUGACCAUGCAGAUCUUGGUUUGACCGAGACGACGGCUGAUUCGGACCGAGAGGACGAUGUAGAACCUGCUCCAGGGNUAUUUGAUAUCCAUUGUCCCAAGACGACUUCUGCAGUGGCUGACUGUAUCAGAAUCAAGGCCGUUGUGUAUCACAUAGCAGAGGAGAAAACCAUGCGCCAGUUAUACGUCCACACUGGUAUCAGGUGUGAGCAGUGCGGCCAGUAUCCUAUCCUCGGUGUUCGCUGGCACUGCAACAACUGUCCGGAUUUCGAUCUAUGCUCAGCCUGUGAAGCACAACCGAUGCACCCAAGGACCCAUACAUUCACGAAGAUCAAAAUCCCCAUCUCUUUCCUAGGUCAGAACCAUCAAGUCCAGGAUGUUACCUAUCCAGGUGAUCCAACAGCGCAAUGGCCAGUUUUGAGGACUUCGCUUAAGAGGCAACUUGCCAUCGACGCGGGAUUUGAAGAUCUGGAGAUUCAGGUCUUCUACGAUCAGUUCGCAUGCAAGGCUAACUCUGCCUACCCCGAGAUCGGUUAUGCUAUGGAUCGCCAUGCUUUCAACAGACUCAUGAUGUCUCCUACAUGGAAACGACCUGUAGAGCCCAGCGUUCUUUAUGACCGCAUGUUCAGCUUCUACGACACUGACAACAACGGUCUCGUUGGCUUCAGAGAAUACGUCUUGGGCAUAGCAUACCUGCGUCGGCCUAACAAGCAGAGCUCCUUGGAACGAAUUUUUCAUGGCUACGAUUUUGACGGCGACGGAUACAUCAGUCGUCGAGAUUUUAUUCGUAUGCUCAGCGCCAAGUAUGCCAUUCAAAAACACCUGGUUGAAGACACGAUUCGAGCAGCAGAAUUUGACAUGGUUACUUACACUGCCAAUGUUGUCCGGUCCAGUCAACCCAUUAGCGCAGCUUUUGCCCAAGAAGAUGUUCCUGCUGGUCGGAUAAGGUUACCCACAAUGAAGGUACAUGACCGUUUUGGCGAGAGCCAGGUGCGGCCAGACGCUGGUCCUUUUGCAUCGGCCGUGUUGCCUGACGGCCUAGAACUCCCAGACUCCAGCCUCGUCGGCGCAAUAGCUCAUCGCUACGGCGUUGACGCUCUGCCAGAGCACUUGGGUCCUGACACAUUGUCAGUGGAGCAGCUCACAGAGUUUACAAGCAGUCUUAACAGGUCUGACAGUGUGGCGAUAGGCGGCAUAGGAGAUGGAGCAGAGCAAAGAUUCUUGGUCGACACGGAUUUGCGUCAAGUUCGCAGUCAGUCUUCACCUGACAGGCCCGAGCAAAGGUGGCAUCAAGAUCUUCUGGACGCAACUCGGAAAUCUAGUCCAGAAGGGGAACAGAACUCGCCCCAGGAACAGCGACAAGACGAUGAAGAUCUAUUGCCACCAUUACCUGCGGAUGUUCUUGCGAGAGGACGUGCCUAUGAAGUCCCUGCAGCCGAGAAAGAUUUCGGCACGGAGGUGAUCUUCCAGGUUGUUCAAGAGGGCCUGAACGAGCUAGUCGACCCAAUUUUUGGGAGGAAAGAACAAUUGGCAGAACAGGUAGGGACCACCAAAGAGGAGCGUCGUCGCUUCCGCCAGGAGAUCGAUGACUAUAUCCGGACUGCGAAGAUUCGUCAAGAAGAACUCGCUGCGGGCUCCGAGGUGGAUCCUUUGAUGGCUAUUGCAAAUGGUGCCAAUGAACUGGAGCAUAAUGACCAUGGAGAACGACCCGACUCAGCAAGACUAGGAGACACACUGCUCCAGGUGGAAUCUACCGAUGCAGGUACGAGAUUGCCGACACCACGAGAAAUUGCGAUGGACCUUCAAGAACAUAUUGUCCAGCAAAGUCAAGCACUCGACAGCAACCUCGAGGACCUGGAAUCAAAUAUCCGAGACCAGUCUCUCGACGAUCUUCUAGCACAAUCGGGGUAUGUUGUUGAUCUUUCGACUGAUGCCGAGCCGGCGACUAGGAAUCAGGACGACGGAACUAGCUCGGAAACAGACGAGUAUCCACCGACCACACUUGACGAAGACCUGCCAACGCUAGAAGAGAUCCCUUUCGACGAAAGCAGUGAUGCACCCAGCGCAACAUCACCAACACUCUCUAUGAACCGUUCUCCUCCAACACAGCACCUCCAAGCCCCCUUCUCAACCCCAGACAUGGACUCGUCGGCUUCAGUAUUUGCACCUUUCCACCCUGAUCAGACAGAGCAGCCUGACUCGCCUUCACAAGAAAGGUUGAAAACUUUGGCUCGCCUUGACGAGGAAGAGAAGGAAAUAAUCAUGCGUGGUGGUCCUGGAAGAUUGAACCUAGCAGAGUUUGAGCAGAUCAUCUGCAGUGAUCCGCGAGGCAUGCUUCAAGGAGUUGCCGAGGGAUGGCUUGAAUGGGCAGAGUUUUGA